UCUUUCUAUUUUAUCCUCACGACAACUUCCCUGUGAGGUAGGCUAAGCUGAAAGUCUGUGGCUGGUCCAAAGUAACUCUGUGUUCUUUGCGGGGACUAGAACCCGGAUCUCUUUGAUCCUGGGCCAGCGUUAACCAUUGCACUGACUGGCUCUCAGACUUGCAUUAACAGUAAGAAAAACUAUGACCAUGUUUGGAAUUAUAUCUUUAGAUUUCGUUCCAAGCAGAAGGACUUGGGCUUUCUUAAAGGGAAGAUAAGGUUGGCAAAUUAAGGCAUGGUUCUAUGUUAUCUAAAAGGUCUACAUAUGGAUUUUCUGUUUCAAAACUUCAAAAAAUGGAAGUGCUUUCUAAUGAAGUGCUAACAACCAGACCCAGUGCCUUUGAACAGUAAACUUGGCUGGGUGAGUCCAUACACCGAGGUCAACAGAACUGCUGGCUCAGUGGGAUCCCUUCCCUGCCUCAUGCGGAAGAUGAGCUCCUGUUUCCUUCCUUGAAUUUAAGAGGUUGGCGGGGGUCAUCCCUCACCUCUUGCGCUCUGCAGUGCCCCUCUGUGUGCCUCUGAAGUUCACUGGGAAAUUAAGCAAGACCCUAUUCCAAGGCAGGGAAGAAACAAGGUCAGGGCAAAAACAUUAAAAAAAAAAAGUCUAUCAAGUGGCACUGAGUGACGGCGGAGGGAAGAGGUUGAGUCCUUAGCUGUGUCUCUAACUUGUCUGUCUUUGUUUCAAAGGGAAUGCUGCUGCUCUUCCAGCCAACUAUGACGCUGGUCUUUUGCUGACCCUGCAUAUUUUCCCUCUUAGCUGGUCUGCUUCUGUUGUAGGCACUGCUGGCUCAUUAAACACACACACUUCAAAACAAGUCCAUUGCCACCUUGAAGUGCCAAGUAUCAGGACGAAAGUUUGAACAUCAAUGCAAGUUGGUGGAGCUUUUCUGCACGUAUUUUCCCAGUGGUUCCUGGGCUCAUUUCCAGGAAGCUGUGGUUCAGUUGCUCGCUGCCAUGCUACAGCGGACCACCCUGGCCGUUAAUUUCCCAACAACUCUGAUCGAGUAUGUUUUGUGGUACAUUUCUUCCAUACAGCCCACAUGUUACAGCAGAAAAUACCUGAGAGCAUUACUCUACAGGAAAUCAGUAUCAAAUAGCACAAGGAGAAUAUGGAAAUGGGGAGAAGAAAAAUGGUAAAACACAAUCUUUUUCGCACUCAUUGUUUCCAUUUGCCUUCAGCAUUUCUUUUAUUUUUUUUUUAUUUUUUGCCCCAUGCCCCACGUUCAGGAAGGGCUAACGACACAGUCUGAAAAUCCAAUUCUAAAUUCAAACUAGCCAUUGGACACAUUACUUUCUCUUUUUCCCUUUUCGUGCAACCUUCAUGUUUUCGGAAUGCGUUGAGCUACAAUUUCCGCGUGGAUGAUGGAAAUUGUUGCCCAACACACCCCAGUGGUCUGAAGGCACGUAAGGUGUCCACCAUGUGGCAGUUAAGCAGAGCUAGGGCUGGCCUGAGCUUGGAGAUGGGCCCACCUGGGAACUGCGUGUAGCCACCCUGAGUUCCAGAACGGGGAAAAUGGAAUAUAAGUAAAGACAACAGGUUGGGGGAGGUUGCUACAAGCCUUGCACACCUGACAUGAGCUCAAUGUGAUUCUGGGCAUGCUAUUCUCUGCUUGUUCUGGGGCUGGACAAUCUUGAUACCAUGUUCCCCACAGACCUAGGACAAAUCUAAACAGCGUCUGGGGUUUGGGAACCAUGUUACAUUCCCUGCUGGUCCUGCUUCCCUCCUCUUUUGUUCUCUGAUAUUGGGAAGACUGCAAAAACAGUCCUUUGUGCUGAAGGAGCAGUGUGACCACUCUUGUCCCUCUUGAAAACAUCGGUGCUUGAAUCACCCAUGUAAUUUGGAUUGUAGCAGCAAGAAAGUUGCGCCAUCAAGGCAGGGGGAAGGGAACUUCUGUUCCUGCAGCUGCUUCAUUUCUUGUCUCUAUACUGGCAGAAGGAAGACAUUGCCUUUCUUUUAAAGAGGAGGCUGAAGAUACGUGCACCAUCGCUUCGUGUUGAUUGCUAAACAGUCAUGGGAGUGUUUUGAUGUUGGCUGGGAUAGUCCCAGAUGAAUGAUUCAGCAGUCCACAUGCCCGCUUCCAGCCUGCUCUGCGGACAAAUAGUUUCUUGCGGCUUAAUGUCCCAGUAAUAAGCUGCAUGGUAUCUAUUGAAGCGAUGGCUAUCUCAGCACCAACUUUCGAUUCGAGAAAUUUCGCUCCCUGCUCCCAGAAUUCAUAUGAAUUGGAGGAAGAAAAAACAUUCUGGCUUGGUCCCACCCUGCCCUUUCCUUAAGAGGAAGAUGGGUCAGGGAAGAAAGAACAGAAGGAUUGCAGCUCUGCCUCUGCUCAUGGCCUACCUCUAAAUGGAAGAGAGCGGAGGGGAGUGUAGGGCAGUAUUGAAAUGUCUGUACCAAUUGUUAUUAAUUCUCUCAUAUUGGCAGCCCUAGAACUAGCAGCGGGCAGUUGGAAAAUGAAACGGCAAGCACAGGGGAGCUGGCUUAGCUCGUAGUUCCUACCAGGCUGCCAAAUGCAGUUGGGGCAGGCUGUAUCAUGCUGAUGCCUGGUGUACAGCAGGCGUUCCGGGUAGGACUGCAGAGUAACGGGUGGAAGCUGGAAAGGGUUGCCCAGUCCCCGUACCCCAGGCAGAAGGGGGCAGCAGAAAACUCCUCAAGAUGAUGUGUGCUGUACAUAUGCUAAAGAGUUGCCUUCUACAGGCUCGCAGUGUGCAAAAGCAUUGGUGGGAGGUCCUGCCCUUGACGAUGUGUGGAGUAGAAAUGUCUGGUUGAAGACAUUUGAUGGGUCUGUGGACAAGUGCGUUGCUGAGUCUUUUUCAUCCUGCAGUGGUCCGGGUUACUCCAUUGUUCUGGUGUGUUCAUUUUAGAGAAGCCAAAUUUAUUCAAGGAGCAAAACCAUUGGAUGGUGAGGUUGGGAGCUAGUUAUUCAGCAAGGCCCGAACAGAAAUAUGCCACGGGUUGGAAGACUGCUUAUUAUAGAUGCGUGAAAUUCAUAUUGCUUUCAAGUUUUUCGGAGGAUGAAGGCUGCCAGAUGAGCGUGUUUGUGUUGUGCUUUCUUUUUUAAAAAGGGCGUAUUGGUUCCUGUUUUCUUCUCAGAUGCCAGACAUCACUUGCUAUUCUGUCUUUAGGUCCCAUCCAGAUGGACUGAUAAGACAAAAAAUUGCAUUAACAAAUCAUAUGAUGCCUGUUAAUUUACAGGCCUCUUCAGGAGGCACUGAUCUCAGGCUGAGUGCUGAGUUGUUACUUUGAAGGGGAUAUUUCAACAUGGUUCUCUCAUUCUCACUUCUGUUUGCAAAAGUGAAAUUUGCAUCUUAAGCAAACUUUGCAUCCUGGCUGGCCCUACUGCAAAACUAACAUUUAUUCUGGAAAAUAUCUUGAAAAUGCGGCACUUCCAUUUAAUGCAGAAUGGCUUUCUAAUGCUCCUGAAUGAGUCAUUGUUACACUGGUAAAAUGAGGCAUUAUUUACAUGAACGGAUACAUUGUGUUCUGAACUGCCAACCUGUUCCUUCCAAAGUUCAUUUUUGUAAACAGAUGCAUUGCUUUUGAGCCGGUCUUGCAGAUGCGACGUUUGUCCAUACGAGGUUUUCAAGCUUAAGAUGUAAAUUGAGGUCUGUUGGCAAAACCAGGCAGUGGUUCAAGAAUGAAGGGGCUGCCGACCAACCUAACGCUGCAACAUUUGUCGUGUGUGGCUUUCUGAUUGCUUAUGUGCCAAGGCUAGCUGCUGUGAGUGAACAGUUAAAUGAGGUUGAAUCUGGCAUUUUGAACUCUAGAAGAUAAUACCUGUCAUACUCAGAUGACGGUUGAAAUAAUCCCACAUUCCAGGCUGAGGAGCCAAAUCCUGUGAUCUCGGUACAUCUUGCUGACUAGGGAAAUACUCUCCAUUGCAUCAUGCUGCUCCGGUCAAGGGUGAUGUGCUCAAACCCCCAGCGGUUUUUCUCCCCCACCCCCAUCACAACCGUGUGCUUGCUUAUUCUCCAUUUUUAUCUCUCCAGUCAUGACAGUAAAAGUCAAGUUGCUGAAGCUUUCAGAGGGCUGUGUUCUGUGACCUGGUUUGCACAACGCAUGACACAUCACAGGUAGAUUGCCACAUUGUCCAAACGCAGACCACUUCGCACACACCACUUCACAGAGGAUAUUUUCACAGCGAGCCCACCUGAGGAACCGUGGCUUAUUCUAGGGGUGGUUCAAUCCACAUUGGAUUGUUGCCGCCCCUAGGAGACCAGCUCCUGUGUGUCUCUGGGCGCUGGUUCGCAAGCUACUUAGCAAGAGGGGCAAAACCCCCUGCCAUCCUUGUCAAUGUUGUCCUUCUUGCGCCCAAUGAGAGCCCCUCCACCAGUGCCCAAGCAGCAUUUUGGAAUGACCGUCACUGGUUCAGCACCCUUAAAAAAAAACUCCCAGGAAAUUAUACAAAUAUUUUCAUAGCCUUUCAGUUGUUUUGGCUUGUUUUUGCAAGUUCAUUCUUAAGGCUGCCUGCUAUGUGUAAUUUUGCCUGGUCGAUUUUCUUGUAUGUUUUGGCUGUCAGCGGCAGAUGCAAAGCAGAGUAAGCAAUGAUUCCCUUUCUGCAGCUGCAGAAAUUUCCCCUCAGUUUACAUCACAGCACUUAAAUUCGUGCAGCAUUCUCCUCCAUUUACUCCCUAGCCAUUAAACAUGUGUACUUCCCAGUCCAAAAACUGCAUUAAAUAUUUUCAACAGUUUCAAAAAACAAAACAAAAAUAAGGGUUAUAGAGGCCCAGACUGGGAUGGAGCGACUAGAACAUCAGUGCUAGCAGAACUUAUGUCUGCCUCUUGAUGGGCCACGGUUCACGCCCACUCAAGGUUAGGGUUAAGGCCUUCUCAGGGACCUGGAGCAGUAAAGUCUGGGGGAAAAGGUCCGUCUUAGGGAUGGGCAUUUGUGGAUAGGUUGAUUAUUCAUCAGGUAUUUUUGAAGUAUUCGUUUUAUGAGGACAAGGAAGUCCCCUUUUAUUCUGGUGGCACAGGAAAGAGCAGCUCUGAUCAAUGCCAUUGCUGGACUGCUUUCCGCCUUCUCUAAAAAAGCUGCAGAAGCCACUACCUGUCCUCAGAAGAAGCGGACACACAGGGGCAUUGCGUGCUGUCACCAGAUUUGGGUGACACAAUGAGCGUUUUAAAAGCCCAUGGAACACACAUAAAGCAUGUGCUUUGAAUAUAAGGAACGGAGCAGAACUAAAGUAUCAGGCAACAGAUUCUAGUCUGGGGCUUAUGUUACCUCUUUGGUUUGCGUGUAUCAGUUUCCCAAAGUGGAAAAUAUAUAGAAUGCAAUCAUAGUAGAGCUGGAAGGGGUCUGGAAGGCCAUUGAGUCCAACCCCGUUCUUCUUCCACUGAGGCCACCCCUCCAGCUGCAGGCCCCUGCCUUUCCGCUUAGCCAAGGCGGCUCAACAUGCAAGAUCAGUGUAUAACUAUGCAGGCUGUAUACGUGCAUGGAAGCCAAGGUUCUGGCACUCUUGGUAUGUUCGUUUUCCUCCAAGUUCUCUCACUGAGGUGUGUCUGGGCUGGAAUAUUUCAUAUUUGUAGACAGGAGUUCAUGCCUGAAUACUCUGACCCCCACCCCAAUGGAUCAAACAACCAUAGUAAGUUAGAGAAAAAACUGGGAUGGAAGAAUUCUCUCUGGCAUUCCUCCUCCUGUGUGCAUGGUGAUUUUGUUGUAUGGAGCAAUAUUCAGUUGUGAGUCCCUUGUUAGACUCUGAAAUGUUAUUGCCCCAGACUAACUUUCUCACUUCACCGAGUUUUGGUUAUGAAGACUAUCUUGCAGCAUUGCUCCUUUGGGGUAUACGCGUGUACUCUACAAGUACACAUGGCAUACGCGCAGUUUAUUCAAGAGAAGGCGCCCUUGUAACUGGUGUAAUAGUGGCACAGGUUGGCAAAAAAGGGGCAGGGCUCUGGGAAAGCUUCCUGGCCCAUGGGACGUCUAGUUGAUGCAUGCAGACGAGUAGUAAGGGUUUGCAUGCAGGUGGAGCAGCAUUAGGUAGGUAGAUCCACACUUGUUAGCUUAGCCCUGCAGUUUCAUUGUCACAGGAGGAAACAGCUGCUUAAGAGUGAAAAAGCUCCAGCACAGGCAAGACUGGUUGCACCAUGGCGCUCUAUGCAGUCCGCUUGCAUGCUAAUGUUGUGUACAACAGUGUGUUGAACUGCCUUUGCAGAUGCUCUUUGGCUCUUCCUGCCCCGUUUUUGCCCUUGUUCCAAUGAACUGGAGUGAGCGCCGAGGUGUUCUGAACUGGUGUGUAAGCGAUACCAUCCCUGCAUCUGGCCAUGCCUCUCGCCUGCCAAAAAGAGCUGCCCGAAAUCUCCCUCUGUUCUCUCCCGUCAAGCUGCUUUACCUAUAGCCACAGUAUGUGUUUCAGUCGCACAUGAUGGCAGCGAGUGCAGUGAAAACAGAAACAACCUGUUUCUGAAGACAAAAUAAGAUACAAGAAAGUCGUUAACUGAAAUGUGAUCUCGUUAUGGAAAACUGGCUCGAGUGGCACUACAGCGCAUGAGCAUGGCCAGCACUGCACAACCAUCAGCCACAACACUUUGUUCCCACCGGGCUAAAGGAGGGAGCAAAACUUCAGAGACCUUUCCCUCCACUUGAAAGUCAGUCUUGCAAAAAUUGGUUUUAAUUUGCAAUGCUCUGCUCAGUUUUCUGGUACAGGGUAACUGGGCGAUUAUAACUCAGUAGGAGAAAAGGAGUCACUCAGUCACAGAGCUUCAUUCAUUCAUUCAUUCAUUUUGUUGAUUAAAAGCUUUGGUAUGCCGUCCUAUUAUACAUGAUCUCAGGAUGGCAUACAAUAUUUAAAAAGACAAUUAAAACAAUAAUUUCAAUAAAUAAUAAAACAGAACAAAACAAUAAAUCACAAAACAGAGUGACUAAAUUUAAAAACUAUUAAAUAUUAAUUUUUUUAUUGAUUACUGGCCUUCUGCACCAAUGUGAACUCUCAAGUUACUGGGUCCUGCUUGCUCCCUAUCAUUUUGCUGGAGCCCCGUGUGGCGUGAAGGACCAGACUAGCAGACCUGUCUCUGAGAAGAACAUUUACAAACCUCUUCUCAGCAGAGACAGUAAGAUCAGAAUACUGAAAAGGGGCUUCCCCUGAAACAUGUAUUGUUCCUGGUGGUGCAAGGGUCAUGGGAGUUGCUAAACCUCUCAAGAGACCUCAAAAGCUGUUUUUUUUUUUUUUUAUCAGAGAUGCCUGGAUUUUCUUGACUUGUUAUCAGAGCAAAUGCUGAAAUCUUUCAACCAGAGGAAGCUUUCCAGGGGCCACAGUUCAGCAAAAGAUUAAUCAGCCGCUCGAUGGGGAGUACCAGUGGAGUAGCCCUUUGUGUCACCUUCCCACUUCUGUGUAGCAAGCAAAACAACUUCAGCACCUCUUCAAUAAUAAUUAUGAAACUGGUAUUAACUGAAUGGCAAUUAUGGAUUUUUAACUCUAGUUCACAGUAAACAAAAGCAAGCCAGCAAGCCAUAUGUUGAAUCUCCUACCAAAUAGCUUUUUGUUCCUCUGAAUGUUUCAAAGCCUCCCUUCGAAAUUGAUGACGAGAGCCGUUUGUAACGAGGGGGAUUACAAAUAUUGCUUACUUGAGGAACACAACGCCAACAGAAAGAGAAGACAUCAUAACUUAUUGUUAGAGAUGAUAGUGUUAUUUAUAGAGUUAUAAUAAAUAUAUAUAUAUAUAUAUAUUUUUAUGGUAAUGAAAAUGGCUCCCCAGAAUGCUGACUCGGAAACUAUGCAAGUUCAGGAGCUACCUGCGGUGCAGCUUCAGAAGCCGGAAAAUGAGAAUGAGAGCAAAGAAGAGACUAUUAGCGAGGGAUCCAUAGACCGGAUACCCGUGCGCCUCUGGGUGAUGCAUGGCGCCGUAAUGUUUGGCAGGGAAUUUUGUUACGCCAUGGAAACAGCUUUGGUGACACCAGUCUUGUUGCAAAUCGGUCUUCCUGAACAGUACUACAGCCUCACGUGGUUCCUUAGUCCAAUCCUGGGCCUGAUCUUCACUCCUUUAAUUGGUUCAGCCAGCGACCGCUGCACUCUUAGCUGGGGCCGGCGCCGACCUUUUAUUCUUGCCCUCUGCAUCGGUGUUCUCUUUGGAGUUGCCCUUUUCUUAAAUGGUUCCAUUAUAGGCCUCGCCAUCGGCGACGUCCCGGAUAAGCAGCCCAUUGGCAUCGUCCUCACCGUGCUGGGUGUGGUGGUCUUGGAUUUCUGCGCCGACGCCACAGAGGGGCCGAUCCGAGCCUAUUUGCUGGAUGUGGUGGACAGCGAGGAGCAGGACAUGGCGCUCAACAUCCACGCCUUCUCAGCCGGCCUCGGAGGAGCCAUUGGCUACAUGUUGGGGGGCCUAGACUGGAUGCAGACCUUCUUAGGAAACCUCUUCCAAUCCCAAGAGCAGGUGCUCUUCUUCUUCGCAGCUGUUAUUUUCUCCGUCUCUGUCAUCCUGCACCUCUGCAGCAUUGAAGAAGAGCAAUACAACCCUCAGCAGGACCGGAUGGAGGAUGAAGCAGACGCCCUGUCCAACAUGAAGCUGGGCAGCAGCCUUCCACCACUGCAUCGGCUGAACGUCAUCAGCGAGGAAGACCCUUAUGGGAACUCCAUGUUUCCAGAUGAGGUUCAGUCUGAGCAGGACCUCAACAUGGAGUUCCUCGAGGUGGACAUUGUGCGAAGCAAGAGCGAUUCUGUCCUGCACAUGCCGGAUGCUACCCUAGAAAUGGAAUCUGAGCUGCUUUUCCUCCAUGACAUUGAGCCUUCCAUUUUUCAGGACUCUUCUUACCCAAACACCCCUCACAACACCAGCCAGGAACUCAUGAAGUCCAAAUUCAACCGCCUGUCUGCUUUCCUCAGGGAAAACGAGAAAGAGGAGGAGAUGUUACUUGAUAAUCACUUGAACGAGGCCAAAGUCCCAAACACCAAUGGCUCCCUACCAAAAGAUCUCCUGAACGGACACGCUCGGAUCGGCAUGAAGCAGUCGAGCACCUCAAACUCCAUGCGUAGGCGAAGGCACAUGUUCUACCGCCAGCCCUCGUACACGUUCUCCUACUAUGGCAAGAUCGGCUCUCACCGCUACCGCUUCCGGCGGGCCAAUGCCAUUGUCUUGAUUAAGUCCUCCCGGAGCAUGAACGAUAUCUAUGAUAUGCAGAAGAGACAACGGCAGAGAUACCGGCACCGGAACCAGAGCGGUGCAACCAACUCCAGCGGGGACACGGAGAGCGAAGAAGGAGAGACAGAAACCACCGUCAGACUGCUGUGGCUGUCCAUGCUGAAGAUGCCCAAGGAGCUGCUGCGACUGUGUGUCUGCCACCUCUUGACCUGGUUUUCGAUCAUCGCUGAAGCCGUUUUCUACACCGACUUCAUGGGGCAGGUCAUCUUUCACGGUGACCCCAAGGCGCCUUCAAAUUCCACGGAGCUGCAUGCCUACAACACCGGAGUCCAGAUGGGCUGUUGGGGGCUGGUCAUCUAUGCUGCUACUGCCGCUGUGUGCUCAGCCUUACUACAGAAAUACUUGGACAACUACGACCUUAGCAUCAGAGUGAUCUACAUCCUGGGCACGCUGGGAUUCUCCAUUGGCACCGCCGUGAUGGCCAUGUUUCCCAACAUGUACGUCGCCAUGAUUAUGAUCAGCACAAUGGGCAUCGUCUCCAUGAGCAUAUCCUACUGCCCCUACGCGCUCCUGGGGCAAUACCACGACAUCAAGGAGUAUAUUCAUCACAGCCCUGGAAACUCAAAGCGAGGGUUUGGCAUAGACUGCGCCAUUUUGUCCUGCCAGGUGUACAUCUCCCAGAUCUUGGUGGCCUCUGCGCUAGGAGGAGUGGUGGAUGCCGUGGGCACAGUCCGGGUCAUACCGAUGGUGGCGUCUGUGGGCUCUUUCUUGGGCUUCCUGACGGCCACCUCCUUGGUGAUCUACCCAGAUGUUGGUGAGAGCUCAAAGGAAGAACAGAAGGGACUGACCCCUCCUGCGCUGGCGGAAGGCCACGGCCUGAACGAGGAGAAGCCAGCGGUGAUAAAGCUCAGUCGGAAGGAAGCUGCCCUGUCCGAAGUGGAAAGCGAGUCCGUUGUUUGAAUGGGUCGCCAUCAUUCACACGCAUUCCAAGCUGUGCAUGAAUCAGAAUAGAACGCCGUGAAGAGCGAAAUCCAAGCGUUCAAAAGACAUCCUCACUCUGUGACUUGAGGCAAUGGAUUAAAUGGUUCUUUCAUGCAAAACUGUAGAUGAAAUUCCAUAGUGCUAGGAUAGCCUUGAAUAAGCAGCUUUUACAUUGAUUACUUUCUCUACAAUCCAGAAAAUCUCCUUUCUUUGAGGUAUUUUUAAUGGAAAGAAAUGCACUUGAGUUUCCAAGAUGACUUUUAUCGGUAGGCAGGAAAACUUUCUUCUUGGGGCUGAGGUUAAAACAGUCAUCACAUUUUUUCAGAAUUCUCAAACCAUCCGUUUUAUCCAUUUAUUUUCCAUACUUUUUGGGCUACAAUUUGAAACAAAAGCAAUUCUGGGUGCGGUUUUGGCCUAGAGGCACCCUGCUCUUUCAGACUUUGCAGAUUUGGUAAGAGAACCGACAGCCUCAGUCAGGCGUAUUUUGGAGUCAGUGCAGAAUUAGCUUGAAGCAGCAAGUGUUUGCUUCAAGUUUCUUCCCCCCUUUGAAGCCUAGACUGGAUUCCAUUAUUGGUGGGGGAGGGAAAUGGCUGUUUCUUCUCAGACUUACUCUGAACAUGUUGCGGCAGUCACUGUGAGAACAGCUGUCAGGGAGUUUUUCUAGUUCAUGCUGUCCGAAACGGCGGUCCCCAGCAGCUCUCACUUGUGCGAUACCUGGCGCAUAAUCUGUCUGCAGUAGAGCUGAGGAGCCUUUGGUGGCUGGGAAAGCAUUUCCGCUGGGCCACGUCGGACAUGCCGAGUUGUGGAAAAUGCUGUGCCCAUUUUGGCCAACAGGCUGGCCAGAUUUGAAUAUUUUUCUCCUCCGGUUUUUGUUUUGCUUUGUUUGUUUGUUUUUCUUUCAUUUGUUUUUUUGGUGACGCUUGAAAUCCACUCCUCUAUGUUGUGACGAAGUGGCUUUGGGCAUUGGGGAUCCUGCGGUCAGUUUCUCCAAAUGUGUUGAUGAGGUUUCCCUUGUUGAGUGCACUUUUCCUGAACUUCUGGGCUGGAAGUGGCGAUAGCCAAGUUUUAAAAGGUGGUCUCUGUAUGAUGAGCAAAAACCAAAGCCCUACCUCUGAUCUUGCAGCCAGGAGCGUGUGGCUACAUCUUCGUUUAAAAAAAAAAAAAAAAGUAUCUUGAGACAGCUUUUGGCCUUAGACGAAUCCAAAUUCGAAAAAUGCUGUAACUUGUGUUGCUGAACUCAUCCCCAAUUCCUUUCAACCCACAUUCCUUGCCCUGGUCGCCAACCUUCCUCAUGUAGACUGAAUACUGCUUUUGGAACUAUAGCGACAACGCCCACAAAGGAGAGAACCGUGUGGGUGCAUCAUGUGCGCUUCUCAAUGCAGACCAGGGCAGGUCAGACUCUGCGCCGUCCCAGGUCAGUGCUAGGAAUUAACAGCCUCUGAAGAAGAGGAGGCCGCUGGGAGCCGGCGAUGUGGAGUUAUUCUCGUUCGAAGGAGGAUGGCUUGUCCUUGGAGACAGCUUGUCUCUCCUGCAGAGAGUAUGAGUUUUUUGAGGUGGGGGGUGGCAGUCCAGGUAGCAGUUGUAAUCUUUCUGCUGCCUCAAACUUACCUUUUAAAGAUGCAGUCCUUUAAAAUGCAUGUCUUGGACCAUGCUGCAAAUACAGUAAUUCAAAAGUAAAUCUCAGUCUCUCCAGAGAUAGAUAGAUAGAUAGAUAUAUUUCAUAAUAAAAGCAGUUUUUAAUAAAUUACUUGAAUUGUCAAUGUAUUGAAAAUGAUAUGUAUGUUUUACAUAGCUAAAGCGAUAAUCGUCUUGCUGGCAUCUUUAAAUAGUUUGACAGCAUAUCUCGGCUCCUAAGCUGUGCUUUUCAAACCAUCUGUUCAUAUGUUUUUACCUUUUUUAGGGGUGAAUAGGCUAUUUCUAGACCAGUGGGGGUUCAUAAAUGCACAUUACACACAGGGUUUCCCAAAAUGCUUUUUAAAUGCCCACAGAUAAGAGUCUGUUUUAUUUUUUUCCUCAAAAAAUAUAAUUUGGCGCAUUUCAUUUGAUCUUGCUUCUAGAUAAUAGCAUAAUACUACUCAAACAAUCCAAGAAAGAAGUAAAUCCUGCAGGAACCUUUAGCUAAGGGAACAACCUUGUGCAUGUUUAAAAAGGAAAACAGCCUUCAACUCCCAGCAUGCCCCUGGUUGGGGCGUGCUGGGAGUUGGCCAUUUUCCUGUCCCAGUACACAUAAGAUUCUAGCUUAAGGUUAUGCUCAUCUCCGCCAUUAUGAUUUGAUGCUUGGCACGCCUACCUUUGUGUCACCAUGGAAGUGGCUUUUAUUUUGUAAGCUUGUUCAACCACAUGCUAAUUUGAAACAGCUAUUUUUAGCAUUAAAAUGUACCUUUUUUGAAAGGAUCCCACUGAAUUCCUCUUGGUGACACGCAUAAAUAGAAAGCUGCUACUUCUGUCUCAAUCCUGCAUUACAUUCUAGGUGGAAUGUUCGGUUCUAAACGAGACACUUUUCCAAUUAACAUUUGGUGCAGUUUUAAUUGCAGCCAUUCCGCCUUGUCCUUCCUCAUGAAGGCCGUUUUUCAGAGGACUUAAUGCACCUCUUCAGAGUACAGAGAACAAGUCUUGAUUUGAGAUUCCUCGAAUAUCAUAUGCUCACAUGGGUGAGUCAAGGUUAGAGGCUCUUAAGUCCUCUUACCUUACACUUGAAGAUUAGUUCUGCAGUUGCCAGAUCACCGUUUUAAUUUCACCAUUGGUUCCCUUAGACCCAAAAAUGCUAGAUCUAAAAUGCAUUGUUAACCUCACACUGGAAGAAAAGUGCCAUGUUUUGGUUACAGUCCAAUCUCUGUGCUGUUGUUAAAAAGAUCCACUGCCAAACCAAAGAGAUACUGCAUCUCGAAUUCUGCAGGAAAGGCGCCUACCAGAAAUCCUUGGUCACAUUUUCUUUCUGCCUCUUGAGUUAUAUUUUCAAGUUACUGAAUAGUCCCAAGAUACCCUGGUGUUUGGAGAGACUCACAGAUGUCUUUCUAUAAUCUGGCCUUUCUGGGCCUCUCCUAAACAUAGGCCCAGAGUUUGGAAGGUCAUGUCUUAUCUCCAUCUGAGAGUUGGUUAGGUAUGUUUUGCUUUUUUUGCAGGUCUACCCAUGACUUUGUCCCAUGUUAGUAAAGCUCACACAUUUGAUACCUUUUGUUGUUAAACACGGGGGUGACCAGCUCUGAGCAAGCUUAACUUGGGACUUUGGGAAGGUGGAAGAUUAGGGGAAGCUUCGCGUAUGUUUAGAAUGCCUGGUUUUUAUGGCAUCCCAUCAAAGGCGCCCUCAGAUUGUCUCUCUGUGUUGAGCUUCAGAUCGCCAAUAAAACUCUCACCAUUUCCAGGGUAUUGCAGGGGGAGCUGUGGCAUACCAAUGGCUCAUGUUGGAUGUAUGCAUGCUAUUUAUUUUGCUUGCCUCUUGAAGUAUAUUUUCUUUUAAAUUAAAGGCCAUUCUUCUCUUUGAGCUUGAUACCGCCCAUUGUCAUCUUCAGGAUUAAGCCGGAUCCUUGCAGGGCUGGGCUUAAACCACCGUAUUUCACACAGGAAUUCUUUUAGGACUCGAGUGGGCUGAAGGUACCCUUUCUCGGAAUUAUCGAAAUAGAUUUCCAGUUAUAGCAUCCAGCUGGACUUAAGAUUGUACAUUUACGGUGACUUGUAGAGAGAGAAAAGCAAUAAUAUUUUCCUUAAAAAACCCUUGUUAUUUGCACAUGGGAGCUUUAUCCCGAAAAGCCUUUAUAAUCUUCUGGUCUUCGGCCUCCCUCUUCUGUUGUCCACACAAAAGAGUUCAGGAUCACUUUCCAGGGCAGGCAGAAAUGUGAUCCUCCUUUAUGUUUUAAAAGAAAUCGGCUACUGAAGGAGGAACAAACAGCCCAUAUUUGGAUUUGCCCUCUCCAGUGCUUUUUAAUUUAGCCCAUUCCUUGUAAAUGGGUAAUUUUAAAGAAAAACUCCCCAAAGGAGGUAGCCCCUUCAUUGGAAUCCCUGUGCAGGGAGUUGCAGCUUUUUGUCUUUCCUCUUCUUCUUUGUCAGCUUCUGCGGGGAACUUCUGGCGGAGGAUCCCUGAGCUGAAUUUUAAGACUGAGCUUUGGCUAGGAUGGCGGCCAUAUCAGCCUCUGGGCUUGAAUGUAUUCUGCUGUUGGAUACAAGUGCGGCAGAGUUGCGACGUCGGGUUCUCCAUCCAGGGUGGAAUGUUAUCAUGAGUGAUGGAUACCUCCUCUGAUUUUAGCUGAGCAGAAUCAUAAAUGUUCAUUGCAGCAGGUUGGGGCCGUUCCCGCUCAUUUGCCUACUCAAGGCAGCCUUCUCAUGUUGUGGAGGCAGAGUGAAGCUGUUAUGCCCCAGGACACGUUCGUUUCUUCUACAGAGAGACACCCCAGGGCCUCCACUGCGAAGCACUUUCUGGCAGCAGAAACCCAGCCAAGCAUUUCUUCAGCUCCAUUUGGGGGCCCACCUGGCUCUUCAGCACCCUCUGGUUUUACCUUUACGCCAUUUGGUUAUAGAAAGCUUUUCCUUUGCGUGGAAAGAAGACGCUUGGACAAAGACCCCCUUCAUUGUGCUGCACGUAUGAUUGUGCAUGGCAAUGCAAUUUUCAUUGAUUUUCCUCCACCUGCUAACAAGAUGCAACUCGGCAAAUGACUUAGAUCCCUUUCUUGUUUCGUAAGCAGCCUGAAAUCCUGCAUGACUCCUUUCCCCACCAAGCACAUGUAGCAAACGAAGUACCUGAAGUGUCUUUUAUGGGAAAGGUUACUUGGUUUUUAUUCAUUUGCAGCCAUCUGUUACGCGGCCAAAUAAACGGACACCAAGUGUUGCACAGAGAUGGAAAACGAGGGCUGUGUUGUCAUCUGCUAACUACAGAUUCUUGGGCUGCCAAGCCUUUUCCUAAAGCAGUCUUUUCUUCAGAAAACCCUGCAAAACAGGAUUUUUAAAAAUGUGAGGGGGGGAGUCAUUUGCGAAUACAGAAAAGGGUUCUACCCAGCGCUCCGUGUUUCCACGUUGCUUCCACAGUAAGGUUUCGUUGCAGGUGUACCCUCAGUUACACCCUCACCACGUCACUGUUUCUUCAAGGGACGGUCUGGACAUACUGGCCAGGAGUUCUACUUGCAAGCCCCCAGCAUCAGGCAAAUGGGCAAUGGUUUCCCUCUAAUUCAGGAGCCAGGGCAGCAUGUGUGAACCAGAACAGUUUCCCAGUGGGCUGAGUUCUGAGUCUGAACAACAUGCAGUCAUUGUUGCCCGGAACUUCCAUUUUUCGGUCUUUCUGGGUCAGCAAGAAAGCACCAAAGUCUUGUGCAAGUUGCCCACCUAUGCAAGACACUUGGUGCUGAAAGCAGCUGGCUUUCCACACUGUGGGUUGCUAAGGGCUUGCCUUGCGCAUGUUGCGGGGAGCCGACAGGUGCGCGAGUCUGCUGGACAGAAUCCAAGAGGAUCCCAAUGCCUUGUAAGAACUGCCGAAAGGGAGCUUCCCACCCCUUGUGGCUUUUCUGCUCACUGGGGCAGUUACGAAAAGCUGAAGCUGCUGGAAUUCCUUCUAAGCAUCUCAUUAGUGAUACCAGCAAGUCUCCCAAGCUUUGUACUGAUCGCAUUGCAAUUGUGGAAUCGCUCAACGGAUGUUCCAAAAGCUAAAAUGCCACGCAGUGUGUUCACAGGGAGCCUUCGAUGCCCAGUGUGUCGGUGGACUGGCCCUCCGUACAGCGUUGCUUCUGAGCGAUGGAAGGGCCACACAUCUCCAGUUUCUCUUUUAGUCAGCAGACUUCCUUUGCCCAGGUAAUAAAAUUCCCAGGAAAAAAAUGUCUGGAUCCCGGUUUAAAUUCCUUGAUUCUUUAAGGUAGGAAAGAACUCAUAUUGGUGACAUCUGAAGAUGAUUGCAAGCUGACUAGCUUUUUCAGAAAAUAGCAAGCUACACAGAAAAGGCUUUUCCCUAUCUAGGCUGAAGAAGGUUGACUUGGAAAUAGGGCCUCAGUUCAAUAAAAACAGAAUAUUCUGCUGGGUGGUGAUGAUUGGCUUGGUCUGUUCCAAAUCAGGGGUUUUGCUUUAAUUGCUAUUGCAACAUGGCCCUGAAACCUGCUUGAUAGCCAGAUGGCCAGCUGAAUAUUAAAAAUGCCUCACCUACUGAAUAGCUGCAAAUAUAGGCAUCUCAUAAGGAAAAAAGUAAGUAAAUAUAUAUAUAUAUGGUUCCGUUGUGAACUGGCCAUACGACAACUUCUUUUUUAUCAACUUAUUAAGUUGGGGCACUGUACUAGCUCUUGCUGAGUUUAGCAAUGUUUAUAAGCGUGUGUUAAACACAUAAUGUUUCAAGUUUAAUGAGGAAAAAGGGACAACGAAAACAAUGUGGCAGAUGAAUGUGUCUGAGUGGAUUAAAUGGAUUUGAAUUCAACACAGCUUUCUUUUCUGGUUUUUCUGGUAAAGACUUGUUGCAUGAGACCAUCGUUUGACUGUUCUGCACUUUUGGUCUGUUUGUAUAAUUUUGUCUUCAUUUAUCAAUAGAAAUGGCUGAAUGUAGAGUUAAAGACAAAAACCACUAUUUCAUGUUUAUAUGUGUUUGAUCCAUUGUUCUACAGUUCAAUCUUAAUAAACAUUUCAAUAUGA